AUGGGAGAUUUCGAUCACUUCUACAGAGACAUCAAAGAAACUGAAAAAGAGGAUGCUGUUUUAACACCCAAAGAUCAAAUGGAUCGUCUCUUGCGACCUGGAUCAACGUAUUUAAAUCUCAAUCCUUUUGAGGUGUUGCAAAUCGACCCGGAAACAGACAUCGAAAUAGCCAAGAAAAAGUACAGAAAGCUUUCUCUACUUGUUCACCCCGAUAAAAAUCCUGAUGACCGAGAUCGAGCGGAUAUGGCUUUCGGAAUAUUGAAAAAGGCCAUUGAAACUCUCGAGAACCCUAUUGAUAUGAAUCGAUGCAAGGAUUGUUAUACAGAGGGCAGAGCUCGUUUAGCUAUAGCGAUGUCUGAAAAAAGAAGGAAAAACAAGAAAGAAGGAAAAGGAGAAGACAUUGAAGAAGAUGAUGCAGCUUGUUAUAAGAAGCAACUUUGGAUAUAUGUCACAAAGGUGUUCGCUGAAAGAGAGAAGAAGAGAAAAACUCUCGAAGAUCGAGCCAACGAAGAGAAGAGAGUGGCUGCCGAAGCAAUGGCAGCAACUGCAGAAAAAAGAAAAUUAGCAGAAGAGUUUGCUAAGAAUUAUGAAGAAUCUCGUGAUGAGCGCUCAGGAAGCUGGCGUAACUUCCAAGCCAAAAAAGCUAAAAAGGAGGAGAAAGGCAAAACGAUGCCCGGAGCUGCUUUUAGGCCACCUAAACAAAAACUGUUCCGUUGA